AUCGCAAACGCAGGACAGCCAGGGCGUGCUGCGAACGUCGCGGCUUGAAAUAAGAAAAGUGGCGCCCCGUGCGAAUACCGGUCCUGUCGCCGGACGAAUUAUGUAAAAAGGGUCUCGUGCGGUCGUCGCCGUCGUCGUCUACGUCGUCGUUCGUUCUGUUUUGCGCGUCCGAUCGUCUCGUUUGUUUGUUUUCCUUUUUUUUUCCUUUGCUGUGAGCGUGCGACCCGAGAAGAGGAGACGAACCUGAAAAUGGUCUGGUGAGAACGGACCGGACAGUGCCAUAUAGUACGAGCACAUGUGACUGUGAAGUACGGCUUUUAAGGUGGAGACGGUGAAGUUUGCUGUGCGCGACCAUGGGGAGGAUUUUGCGAAUUCAGAUAUUCUUCACUGCACUACAAAUGCUCUUCCUGCUGAUGCGAUGGUCGACGGAGGGGGCGGUGAUGGCGCCCCCGUGGGCCAACCCCAAGCUCAAUCCCUGCGCCAAACAGCCGAUGGGCUGGCAACUGUUGUACUGGCCGCCGGACGGAAAGUGUUACAAAAUAUUUCAGACGGGUUAUCCGUGUCCCGAGGGCAUGGAACUGAGUCCAUCCUCGGACAAAUCGGGAAAUGAAUUUUCAGCGGAAUGUCGCUGUCCACCCAAAACGGCCCAAUCCGCCAGGGACGGACGGUGCUACGAAUUAUUCACCAUAGGACCCUGCGAGAAGGGCUCCUACUUCGCCCCCGACACCUACUACAACAACAACAGUUCCAAAAGAAAAUGGGGUGUAUGCAAGCAGUUGAAGACUUGCUCGAAUCCUUCGGAAAUCUACUGGCCUCAGGACGGCAAGUGCUAUAAAAAACUGACGAAGGGACCGUGUGCCAAAGGACAGUUAUUGUACAGUCCGUCCCCUGAUAAAAUGCCGGCGUGCAAGUGCGGCAAGCAGCGUGAACUCCGGGAGUUCAGGUUCGACAACGGGGAAUGCUAUCAGCACUUCACGCGGGGGCCUUGCCUUGAACAAGGGCAUCUGUUCCUACCCGACCGGAGUUGCGGGUGUCACAGUUUUCUGCCCCAUUACCACGAGGAAUCUGAACAAUGCUACGAACUUGGUUCAAUAGGACCGUGUUCGUCAGGCGAAAUCUUCGACCUGAACCAGAAGACGAGACGCGGCUCGUGCAACUGCAAGCCAGGCUACAUCCGUUACCAAUCCGACAAAUGUUACCGUCCCUACACCCAAGGUCCGUGUCCCGCGGAUCACAUCCUCCUCAACACCACCACCUGCAUCCGCCAACCUUGCGAGAAGGGCCACCUGUACUUCCCCGCUGAUAACCAGUGCUUCCGUAUCGGCACCAGAGGUCCGUGCGCCGCGGGCAAAAUCGUAACGUUCGACUUCAACACACGACCGUCCGUGGACGGCGUCUCCUAUCACGGCGUCUGCAUGUGCGAGCGACGCGACUGCCGCACCGACUCGAACCAGGAGAUGUGCGACAGUACCAAGGGCAUGGUGCGGUACGGAAACGGAUGCCACAAGCUCUACACGCAAGGACCGUGUCCGAAGGGCUCGUGGAUGGUUCCGAAACGGCGACGCGGCAGGGAGGGACUGUGGUCGGACGGUAGCAACGAGAAGGACGGCAUCUGUGAGUGUGCACCGGGGCACACCAGGGUGCAGAAGACUGUUAGGAAUAGGAACGUGACGAUAUGCGUGUCUCCCACUGUGAUUUUAGCUAAUUAUUUGAACAGUAAUUUCACCAUCGCUCAAGUUGUGACGAUUAAAUAAAUGUAUUUAGUUUUA